CACAGACAAGACAGCAGAAGGCAGCCGGGACGCAGACACGUAUAUGUGUGGCUUUGUAACGCUUGCAUCGUCACUUUUUUAGCUCUUCAUGCACCCCAUGACUCGGUUGCUCCAACCCCACCUCCUUUCUCUUUCUAAAACUCGGGUGUCAUUUGAUUCAAUAUUUCGAACCCUCUUUUGGCGUCAUGGACGACUUAACAACGAAAAAGUGUGUGCCAUGCAAUGCAAAGGAUAUGCGGCCCAUGGCUGAAGAAAGUGCGCAUCAUCUUCUGCCUAAGGUAGAUGGUUGGAAUUUGGUGAAAGAAGAUGGUAUUUUAAAGCUGAACCGGUCAUGGAAAGUGAAGAGCUUUGCCAAAGGGUUAGAAUUCUUUAAGCAUGUUGCAGAUGUUGCUGAAGCAGAAGGUCAUCAUCCUGAUCUUCAUCUUGUUGGAUGGAAUAAUGUUAAAAUUGAGAUAUGGACCCAUGCAGUUGGUGGACUGACAGAAAAUGACUUCAUACUUGCUGCUAAGAUCAACAAGCUUGAUCUGCACCACCUUCUGAGGAAAAAGGUUUCUGCUUGAGAGGCUGACAUACUGAUAUAUUGUGCCAGCUUUCAAGACUUUCAUGAAGAAAAUCCCAUUAUAAUGGUUUCUACUACUUUUUUUCUGUUUUUGAAUAAUGUGCUGACAUACUAAAGGUUUCUACUUUUUUUUUUUUUUUCUGUUUUUGAAUCAUGUUUCUGCUGAAUAACAUGAUAAUGGUUUAAGUAGCUUUAUGCUUUAUGUUUCA